AUGGUCUACGCUUUGGCCGCAGACCAUCGCAACAAGAACGACAAGGACAUGAAGGAUAUCAGCUGGAUCAUUGAGAAGACCCCUGGGGCCCUCGUUAACGUCCAGCAGGACCUGACAUACGAUCUGCGGCAGCUGGUGAUUAUGCAUCUCGUCCGCCUGAGGUCGCCCCUGGUCGCUAAGGCCAGAGAGCUCCUCGGAGUCGAUAACGACGCGCGUCUCCACGCGGUGCCAGCCCCGCAGAUCGUCGGUGUUCCGCCGAACCAGGAGCCGGGCUUCGUUAGCUGGCUGUUUGAGACGGCACCCCUGGCCACACCGUGUGGGGCUAGAUGUGGUAAGGUAGGGCUGACGGUCAUCGGACGGAUGGCGGGCGGUUCGGAUGGCGAGCGAAAGUGA